AUGGAGAGCGGCGCGGCAGGGAGCCUCGACGCCGCAGCCUUCCUCGGAGCCUGGCGGCGCUUCGACCCCGACGACAAUGGUUACAUAGAAGGGAAGGAGCUUGACAACUUUUUCCAUCAUCUCCUGGAGAAAGUGGGACCAGAAAACACCAUCACAGAAGAAAAAGUUCAAAGGAUGAAGGAGCAAUUUAUGUCUGCCUAUGAUGGCACCGCAGAUGGACACUUGCAAAUCCAAGAGCUUGCAAAGAUAAUCUUGCCGGAUGAUGAGAACUUUCUGCUGCUUUUCCGACGGGAAACUCCCUUGGACAACAGUGUGGAAUUCAUGCGGAUUUGGCGCAGUUACGAUGCUGACAGCAGUGGAUUUAUUUCAGCUGGCGAGCUUAAAGAUUUCCUGCGAGAUCUCUUUUUGCAGCAUGACAAGGUGGUAACUGAAGUGAAGCUGGAAGAAUAUACUGAUACCAUGAUGAAAAUCUUUGACAAAAACAAAGAUGGACGACUGGAUCUGAAUGACCUGGCAAGGAUUCUGGCUCUCCAGGAAAAUUUCCUUCUUCAAUUUAAAAUGGAUGCUUGCAGCACGGAAGAGAGGAGGAGAGAUUUUGAGAAGAUCUUCGCACACUACGAUGUUAGUAAAACAGGAGCACUAGAAGGCCCAGAAGUGGAUGGGUUUGUCAAAGACAUGAUGGAACUGGUCCAGCCCAGCAUUAGUGGCGUGGACCUGGACAAGUUCCGCCAGAUCCUGCUCAACCACUGCGACAUGAACAAGGAUGGCAAAAUUCAGAAAUCCGAACUGGCUUUGUGUCUCGGGCUGAAAAUGAACCCGUAGCCAGGGCUGUGCUCGUGGUUGUGUUUCCCUUGUGAGAUUUGCCUGCUGCUCCUCUUAGAAGUGUGUCCGUGCUGCUGUGUGAGAGGAGCUGGAGAGUGGGAUCUGCAUGGAGGACCUUCAUGCUCCACCAGUCCCUUUGUGGUGUUCACUCGAUGCCGCUUCCUGUGGGUCCUGUUAGCAGUGUCUGUGCCCAUAAGCACAGCAGCUGCUCAGAAAAGCGAGUGCUGUUCUUUUCCUGUCCCUAUGAAACACUGCCCUACCAUUCCCUAGAUGAGGGACAAGUAUCUCCUUAAUAACAUCCCAUCAGUGCUCUCAGAGUGUGGGUACUAGGUGUUUCUGAUGGUUGCCUUAUAUGUGUGAAGUCAUUACUUUGGUGAAUG